UUGCCUCUGGUGUCCCACAAAUCAUUCCCCCAGCGCUGGGCGCGGUAUCUCGGCCCCACCCCACCAGCCUAACCGGCCGGAACCCAACAUGUAACCCGGUGGAAGCCAGAAGGGCCCGGCCUCACAGGGCCCUGCCUAAGUGUCUGUGCUGGACCAGAUGUACCCUUUGGAUUAGACGAGUGUUCUGGGUUGUAGUCACCGCUGGGAAUUCGGCAUUGGGUCAGCUGAGAGUGGACUUUGUAUAUCAGCCUAGAUGCUGGAGGGCUAAGGGAAUAGUCCCGGCCAAAGGAGAGACAGCGAGAACGUCGUGCGCAGUGGCUGUGGCUUAUGCGAGCGCUUCUGUGGGUGGCCUCUUGGCUACCACCGUGACUGAGCAGUAACUUAGAAGAUCGCUGAGCCUCAGUUUCCUGGACUGCAAUACAGGAAUAUAUAAAUGGACCUCACAACACAGGACACCUGGGCUACACACAGAACAGGACCAUGGCCAGCCUGCAGACCCCACUCCUGGCUGCCCUCAUCCUCCUUGCUAUGAUCCUUCAAGCAACAGAGGCAGGCCCCUAUGCUGCCAACGUGGAGGAUAGCAUCUGCUGCCGGGACUACAUCCGUCACCCCCUGCCCCCGCGUGUGGUGAAAUAUUACUACUGGACUUCGGACUCCUGCCGGAGGCCUGGCGUGGUUUUGCUAACCGUGAGGGACCGAGAGAUCUGUGCUGACCCCAGACUCCCCUGGGUGAAGAAGAUUCUCCACAGGCUGGACAAAUGAGGCAGGCCCUGCCCUGAUGACCGUGGCCUUGGCUCCUUCAGGAAGACUCAUGGAGCCCUACCUCCCUGCUGUUACAGCUGCUCCUCGACACAAGCCUGUGCCAAUGACUCUCAGCGAUCCCUGAUCUCCAUCCCUGUAGCUGUCACCCGCAGUCAAGCCUCCAACUGUCACUCACAUCUCCCCUCUUACCCUUCCAUCCCAUUUUCUGCCCCACCUUAGCCAGAGGAUCCACAGUCUUGGGCAGUCACUCCUCUGCUCAAAAUCCUUCCAUGGCUCCCCACUGCCCAGGCUAAGGUUGGAGCUCUUGAGCCUGGCACCCCUGCCCUCCAGAUCUGGGUCUUAUCCCUAUCUCCAGCCCUGUCUCACUUCCCUUCAUGCAUGUUGGACCUGACUCCCUGUUCUCCAAACCCACGUCAUACAUUUCUACUUCUGGCUCUUUUUCUGGGCUGCUCCUGACACCCAGAAUGUCUCCCCAUCACCUGAACAUGUCCGACUCCACCAGCCCUCCAGGCAUCACUUAGCCUAAGCAGCUGGUAAUUGAGUUUCAAUUUUUAGACUUCCCCUGGACCUCUGCUCCCUCUUAACAGCCCUGUUCAUAGUAUGCCCAGAAUCCUUGGGACUUGGGUCCCCACUGGCUGGACCAAGAUCCACCCCUGGGUUACUUUUGUCUCCCAGCCUCUAGCAUAGAGCACAGGGCCUGGCUCAGAAUCAGGGCUCAGCAUGAGGCUGCAGACUGAAUCAAUAGAAGUAAUAUGACUCUCCCAUUCCCCAAAGGCCCUUACACAUCAGUACAGAGACUCAGGUCAUCUAGAGAGGGGCUGGCUGGGUCCAUUGUGAAAACUCGUAUUUGCCCAGAUUCACCUUUCUUUCCCAUUUUACCUGUGUGUUGGGUCUCUUUAACCUUCUUGCUUCCCUUGAGUUUUUACUGCUCCUUCAACCUCCAACAUCCAGGUCUGACCUCUUUAGAGUCCCCCGCUUUUCCUUCCUCUUUUCCCAAAGAGCUGAUAACCAAAUUUAUGCUAUGGUGUGAAUGACUGCCUUUGGCUUGGUGUUACAAACUCUAGUUAUAUUUGUAUAUGAGAAGAGGGAAAAUGCUUGAAAGGCCAAAUGGAUGAAUGAAAGAAUUUUAGGAAAUGUGUGGGAGGAGGACAAGGCAGAACUCCUGGCCCUCCCAGUGAGUGGUGUAUUGUUAAGUGAAAGAUCCUUGGAUGGAGGUUUUUCUCAGGUGGCUGGGAUCAGGUUAAGGAGUGGGAUUUGGGACUUAAUCUGCCUCUCCUUGGGGACAACAGAUUCCCUAGGUACCUGUGCUUUUUCCUUUUCGAGGGAGCCUGGUGCAGCUCAGCACUCAGCAGGAUGAUUGUUGCUGUGUGACCCUGAGGAGACCAUCUAACCUCUCUGAGCCUCAUCUGAGAAUGAGAAUACCCACCUUACGGAUUCACUGAGGGACUCAGAUCCAAGUCAUGGGGAAUGACUUUGCUGGCCAUAAAAUUCAGUGUCUUCCAGGGUUUGUGUUCCCCCUGGAACCCAAGAUCAUUUGCCCACCACAGGUACUGGCAAGUGUUAACCUGUCCACUGCCCAUGUACAGGGCUCUCAAGUGUUCUAGGAUCUCUCUCUGCUCCUGUCCUGCCCUUGCUGCUCAGGCCUUCUGGAAAAUAAAUCCUCUACAACAGUGUCUGCUUUGCUCCUUGGCAUUUGCCAUCCUUGUGAGGUAGGG